AUGGUCGGAUGAGGUCAUAAAUUCGCGCGAAGGGAGGGUAACUGCGACCGAUGAAACUGAAAUCAUGGCGGCGGUGGAUAUACGAGAUAACCUUCUGGGUAUCUCCUGGGUUGAUAGUUCCUGGAUUCCAAUACUGAAUAGUGGAAGUGUCUUGGAUUACUUCUCAGAGCGUAGUAAUCCAUUCUAUGAUCGAACAUGCAACAACGAAAUUGUGAAAAUGCAAAGACUAACCUUGGACCACUUGAAUCAAAUGGUUGGAGUGGAAUAUAUCCUCCUUCAUGCACAAGAGCCAAUUCUCUUCAUUAUUCGAAAGCAGCAAAGACAGUCUCCGACACAAGUUAUCCCAUUGGCUGAUUAUUACAUUAUAGCUGGAGUAAUUUAUCAAGCACCUGAUCUGGGAUCAGUUGUGAAUUCUAGAGUGCUCACUGCUGUACAUGGAAUCCAGUCAGCUUUUGAGGAAGCUAUGUCCUACUGUCGUUAUCACCCGUCCAAAGGCUACUGGUGGCAUUUCAAAGACCAAGAGGAACGAGAUAAAGCCAAACCUAAACCCAAAAAGAAGGAAGAACCAAGCUCAAUUUUCCAACGACAACGUGUGGAUGCCUUACUUCUGGAUCUGAGACAAAAAUUUCCUCCAAAAUUUGUGCAACAAAAACCUGGAGAAAAGCCCAUCCCAGUGGAUCAGAUCAAGAAGGAGUCAGAGCCAGCACCUGAAGCUAUUAAACAAGAGGAGAAAGAGCCUGCCAAGAUCACACAACAGAGCACUAGUGCUAAGGGGCCACCAGAGAAAAGGAUGAGACUACAGUGACAAAAAUUAAAAUCACUAUUUCUGACUCCUACGAAAUUUGUAAAGAAGGGAAUGUAAAGUUGUUUGGUCUUUGGAAAGUUUUUGGUAGACUGUGACAUUUCACAGAUUAAAAAUGAAUUAACUGUUUA